GUUUUUUCACUCACCGAGUAGCAUCACUCAAAUUCCAUUUUAAGGAAAACAAAGUAAUGAUAGCGGUACUCCACAAACCUGUUGCCCGGGGAGUGAGUAAUAAAGAUUGUUAUAGCAAAAUAGUGUGAGAUAUUGCACAGCACUGUGACACGAACAUUUGGCAUUGAGUCAUUCAUUUGAAUGCCAGUGUUGUCACAUGAUACAUGUAAUCUUCUCUCUUAAGUAAUUGCAAUAAAAUUAUGUGGAUUGGAAUUGACUUCAAAAAAUGUUAUGCCCUAUUUAACUCAUUCACUGUCAUUGACGGUUAUGUCAGGUCCAUUUGAACUAGCAGCAAAUGAUCGGUGGGCAAUCACUUCAGAAAGUCUUUCAAGAAAAAGGCACUUCAAAGAGUAGUUUUACCAUGUCUUCCCUUUUAGUUUGAAUUGUGAGGAAGAAACACUACUUUUACGGCACUAGUUUGGGCUACACUAGCCAUUACAUUUUUCGUCUUUACUGUAGAUUUGACUUUGAUUUUGCCAGAGAUACUGACAGUGGUGCUACCAAUUUCAGAGAUGUCGCAACAAUAAUCACAUGACUCCUUUAUGCCAAUCACACGUAACAUUACAGUCCCACGACAACACACAAGCUUGCAGUCGGAAGUCCUAUAAUUUCUGUUCAAUCAUGUGGGGUCUUUAAAGUGCUGUUACAAUUAAACUAUUUGUCACUGAGUCAACGUUACUCGAUUUCAAGCCCUCUCCCAGUUUUUAAUUGGCACCGACAGACCAAGGAAAACCGGAGAUAUGAUCAUUUUAAUUUAAUGGUAGGAAAUAUGUUUUUGGACAGGAAACGUUUCAUUUAUCUACUUUGAAUUCGAUCAUUUUUGUACAUUUUUUGGCCUAAUAUAGUGAUAUAACAGUUUAUACUGUAAUACUGUAUCAUAAUAACAACUGUUCAUAUAGAUGACGUGUGCUGAGAAAAAAACCAUAACCCUAUUUUUAAAAAAUAUCACACAGUUAGCAGUGCAUUGACAAUGUUUCUCAUUACUUGAGUAUUCUUUUUUACUUGAGUCCAUUUUUUGGAUGACAACUUUUACUUGAGUGAUAUUAUUAUGAAGUAACGCUACUCUUACUUGAGUCAAAUUUUUGGUUUCUCUACCCACCUGUGAUUAUUUGUAGGCUAUAUGUGCACUUAAGUUUCUUUUCCACGACAUCUUGCCUUUUUCAACAGUAUUCUUGCUACCAUAUCCUGCUGUAACUUAUGGUCGGAGUGGGAAAAAUAUGCAAUCCAUCAGAGAAGGGAGGGGUGCAGAAAGAAAAAGGUCAGUCAAUUAACAUGGCAGAGGCGCUGUGCUAAAAAGAGACACCGGCGGGAAAAAGCGUGACAGAGAGUGACAGGCGCAUUGACGGGAUGAGAACGCUGACGGGAGCGGGACGACCAUGAGCGUUUAGCAGCAGGGGGGACGCCGCCUUGGAAGAAAAGUUGGAAGAAGGGGGCAGGAUGAGCGUCCGGUGGGAAACUGAGGGUCUGCAGACGGUGGGCAUCGUGUGUCUGGUCAUCAUGUUCCUCAAGCUGAUGCAUCUGUUGGGCCUCAUUGACAUCACCGAGACUGACAGCAGUGACAGUGAUCUGGAGCUGUCAACAGUGCGUCAUCAGCCAGAGGGUCUGGACCAGUUGCAGGCUCAGACAAAGUUCACCAGGAAGGAGCUUCAGUCACUCUACAGAGGCUUCAAGAAUGAGUGUCCCAGCGGGCUGGUUGAUGAGGAGACAUUCAAGUCCAUCUAUUCUCAGUUCUUUCCCCAAGGAGACGCGACCACGUAUGCUCACUUCCUCUUCAACGCCUUCGACAUCGACAGGAAUGGCUCAAUCCGCUUUGAGGACUUUGUCAUUGGCCUGUCUGUGCUUCUCAGAGGCUCUGUCACAGAGAAGCUCAACUGGGCCUUUAACCUCUAUGACAUCAACAAAGAUGGCUACAUCACAAAAGAGGAGAUGCUGGCAAUAAUGAAAUCAAUUUACGACAUGAUGGGAAGGUACACUUACCCAUGUGUGCGUGACGAGGCUCCAUCUGAGCACGUGGACAAGUUCUUCCAGAAAAUGGACAGAAACCGAGAUGGUGUUGUGACCAUAGAAGAGUUCAUCGAGACCUGCCAGAAGGAUGAAAACAUCAUGAACUCCAUGCAGCUGUUUGAGAAUGUAAUCUAAUGUAUCAAAAUGCUCUAUUGAGAAAGUAUUUUUCCUAUGGAACACACAAACACAGCACACCCUUCGUAUUUCAACCAAAUAGAUGAUAUCUUGGCAGUUAAUGCAAGUAGUAUGAAGACAAAAAGAGGAUCUUUUUUUUUCUUGCCACUUUUAUUUUAGUUGUAAUAUAUCUUGGCCACUCACAGUAAAAGCAAGGUGGACAUAAAAUGAGCUUCCUGUUGAGAGCGGACAGCUCUUUUGUGUGUCUUGAAUAAAGCCACAGAAGGACUUAUGUCACUAAAUUGAAUGAAUAGAUCACUGCCAAACGAGAAGAGAAGAUGAGAUUCAAGUUCCCUUUCAACCACACGCGUGCACUGCACAAAGUCGGCCAGGCUGAGCUCAUUGGCUUCUAGUCAGGAAAUGGAAACUAAAAAUGCAAAUAGAAGCAUGUUCGUAAUGUGGAAUUAGCUUGCACUAUGAUUUCAUGUUUGUUCGCCUGAGAAAACAUAGCCGUGUCAAUGUCUGCACAUGACGCACAGCUGAAGGGAAAGUUUGUACAUAAAGAAAAGCUGUGCUACUUUUGCAAAUAAAAUGAUCUGUAUAGAUAUUUCUUUGAAGUCACUUCUAGAUGAAAAUUUUUAGUGACACAUACCCAAAGAAAGCAGAUUGCUGUUGUGUCCUUUUGUAUUUUAGGGAGAUGACAUUGAAAAUUGUUAAAUAGGGAGAGUCUAUCUGCAGUACUGUGAACAAUGAGGUUGGUAAAUGUGGGGUUUAUAUGCUGAAUGAAGGCUUUAUGUUAGUUCUUCAGUAUCUACUCGCAUGCGGACUCGAAGUGCCACAGUUUAAUGUACAGUACAGUCAGACCUUUGUGAAGUGGGUGAAUAAAGAUGCAGUUGACUGCUGUGA